AUGAGCGUUUCGAAAUCAAAGCCUUUUACUGUAUUCGUGGAAGGAAAUAUUGGAAGUGGUAAAACAACAUUUCUGGAGCAUUUUAGACAGUUUGAAGAUAUUACAUUGUUGACGGAACCUGUUGAAGAAUGGAGAAACCUUCGUGGAUGGAAUUUAUUGGACUUAAUGUACAAAGACCCAGCAAAAUGGGCAAUGACCUUUCAAGCGUAUGUUUCUCUUACCAUGUUAGAAAUGCAUCGCCGAUCGACUUCCACUCCUGUAAAAUUAAUGGAACGCUCAAUAUACAGUGCUAGGUAUUGUUUUGUGGAACACAUGAUGAAGGCUGGUACCUUACAUCCAGCCCAGUUUGCUGUCCUAGAUGAGUGGUUCAGGUUUAUUCAUCAACAGAUACCCAUUGAAGCUGAUCUAAUAGUUUACCUCAAAACAACACCCAGUGUAGUUUAUGAGAGGAUAAAGAAAAGAGCACGUUCUGAAGAGCAGUGUGUCCCGUUAACUUACAUAGAAGAGUUGCAUAAGCUGCAUGAAGACUGGUUGAUCAAUAGGACACAUGCAGAAUGUCCUGCUCCUGUACUUGUGAUAGAUGCAGAUCUAGAUUUAUCCCAAAUAACCGAAGAAUAUAGAAAGAGUGAACACCAAAUACUGAGAAAAGCUGUGGAUGUAGUGAUGAAUUCACCUAACAAGCUUAGUCCAAAGAAACCUAUAAGCAGCUCGCCUAUAACUAUAAUGCCACAAAUAAGACUAUAA